AUAUUUAUUGUAGUGCCUUGAUCUAUCUCUUCGAUUGUUCGCAUCUAGCAUCUGUCGAAUCCGGUCACUAAAUGAUAGCCGCUGUAAAUAAUGGCAAAGGACUUCGAGGCAAAAUUGCCGCGGGGAGACAUUCUCCCGUCCCGUUCCACUUACGCGGGCAUUAAGAGACAAUCGUGAUUAUGUGCGCGAAGCUGCAUCCCGCGCGAGCACCAUUUCUUCCCUCUCCAAAUCAUGAUGAGGCUCGCAAUCCUCCUCGUCCUCGCGAUCGACCUGGCGAAUAGCCAGCUCAACUACGAGGGAAAUCCGUUUACUGAGUACACCGAAUACAUCGCGGAAGAGAGCAAUCUUUCCGAGAGAGCAGCUAAGAAAAAUGACGUUUCAAUCGACCUCCCCAACCCUGAAGUAUCGUCUCAUUCUCAGAAGUUAUAUCCGAUCGUAGAAUCCGAAAGCGAUGGGCGUUCACAGCAAGCGGUGGAAACCAAUAGUCUUCUCAAAUCACAGAUUUCAUCUUCGGUUCAAACCUUUCAAUCAAAUACAUCUGCUCGACAGUUUCAAGAUUCUUCUGGAAACACACCGAUCAGCCAGGCGGAGGUCGCGCUGAACACAUUCUUAAACUCCAAGACACCCGAGGAAUCUCGCUUAUCUCUCGAUCAUUAUCUCCGUAGUCAACAGUCGCCGGAGGUUCAAUCGCGAUCUUCGGAUGCAAUCAUCAAUCAGGAGUCAUCGAAGUCAAUUGAGCCCCUCAAUCCUCAACCAAUUUCCCACAUCGAGCAACAACAGUUGCUAGUCCCUCAAGUAAACCAGCAACAAGUGCAGCAGACGUCACAGAUAGACCAAGUCCAGUUGGUGCCACAACUAGUGCCGCAGGUCGAUCAGCGGGAACAACUGUUGCCGUCUGUUGGUCAGACUUACGGCUAUAUGGGACAACCAGCCUUGGUACAGGCGGUACAGCCCAUAAUCAGAGCACCAGCUGGAGUUGUCCUGGCACAGAAAAUGCUGCAACCAGUGCCACUCGUACCCGCUUUCCCAACCAGGAACGAUAUGAUAACGCCGGCAAUGUGGCGAGAGAGAAUGAGAAGGCUACGCGGGAAACCGUUUCCCUUCGCUCAACCUAGAAUAGGGCCGACAUUGUAUCAAGGGCCAAUCGCAGUUCCUUUCAAGGCCAAAGCACCGAUGGAAGUGAUCUACACGAAACCACCGGGUCUUCACCGAGGACCGCCUAUUCUCAGCAACCCACCGGUUCCCUAUGAAGACGCGAGCUCCUGGUUUCCCGAUUCCGAUCAACCGCCUUCCCACAAGGACGUCUAUUAUUCGCAAUUGUACUCACAGUCCUACGAUCCUCACUAUUACAACUACAUCGCCGCGACCGGUAAGGUCCGGCCGUAUUUAUACGGAAAGUUAGGCAAACAUCAAGAAGAACAGGAGGACGGUAUCUGGACGGAGCUAUAUCGCGGCUUCAAGAAGCAUGGUCUGAGAAAUAUCAUGACGCCAACUUUCCUGUUGGGCAUGACGCUACCAGUGGUGACUCUGAUGCUCUCCGCCCUCGUACAGAAGCGAUCCCUCGCGCGAUCUGACAAUGCGAGGGAGUUAGACCAGGAAGAAGUUUUGCAAGAAUACCUCGAGAGAUUGCAGAGGGCGAUUGAGUGUUACGGUAGGAAUUCCCGAGGCGAGAAACUAGACGAAUGCUAGAAUCAAGGAUGUGUCUACCUGUUAUGAGUAUCGAGAGAUAUACGCGUAAAAAGUAGCCCAGUUAGCGUUGACAGUUGCAUUUAAUUAUCCAGACAAUAAAAAAAUGUAAAAAUUUUUAAUAUUUUUGGCACUCAAACUACUUUAAUAUUCAAACCAUUUAUACAUUGAUAUCAGAAUAUCGGACUCUUUCUCUGUCAUCAUCUCGCAUUUUCAUUUUAU